AUGCAACAGCAGAAAGACAAUAUGGCAACGAGGGUUAAAAAUGAUCAGCUUCAUAAGCGGAACUUGCUUAUGAAGGACUCCAACACAUCCUACUGGUUUAACAAAUCACCAUCUGAGGAGCGCGUGAACACGUUUACGGAGGUCUUCGACCCCGACUUUAAGUGGGUCUAUGCCGUGCCCAGUAAGUACGUCGUGCACGUGCCGCCCGCACGGCUCAAUAUCACGCGGCUGGUGCGCUGUCGCAACUACCGCGCGCACGAGCCCACGAGCUGCACGAUGGGCGACAGCUGCAAGUUCAUCCACGCCGACUGCAACUACGACGAGCUGGAAUUGCACACGAUCCACGUCAACUACAUUUGGCGUCAUGAGGACUUGUGCACCUAUCCGCGGCUGCCGGCGGGGGAUGUGCUGGAGGUGCUGCAGCCGAAUGGGCAGACCCCCGCCAGCCUCAUUUUCAGCAGCUGUGUGUUGGUUACCCGUGGCGCCCAUCGAUAUUUGAAGCAGCGCUCUAUCAACGGGACGUCAAAGCCAAGCUCCUCGAUGGCGGAGAUGGAACAAGGGCAUUCGUACAGCUGGGGUGCGGGACCGACGCUACUGUUAAGCCACUGCCCACAGUUUUACUGCAAUCGCAUCUGCACCCGCGGCGAGGACUGCCUUUUUAUCCACGCCCUGUACAUCGACCCCAACUCCAAGACCCUUUAUAAACGUGCGCCUGCGCGUUAUCUUGCACAGCAGACUGGCGCGUCUUUGCAUCGAUCCGACGUGUCCACAGCGAGUGGUGUAGCUGCGUUGUGGUCGCCCGCCUACCCCUACGGAAAGCCCCCCGUUGCCAUUGGGGGUGAGCCCCAGGGCAACCACAUCCGGGAGUCUCGUUUCAGCGGUAAUAGGAGCCCCCUCAUGAAUGACACUGAGAGUAAUCCCAAUGUAAAUGACACUGAGGGUAACCCUAAUGAAAAUGACACUGAGGGUAAUCCUAAUGGAAAUGACACUGAGGGUAACCCUAAUGUAAAUGACACUGAGGGUAAUCCUAAUGGAAAUGACACUGAGAGUAAUCCCAACGGUCCCUUGGGGUUGCUGAAACGGACGGACUGCUGUGAGAGAGGGGGGGUUGAGGUCGUGGAUGGGGUGUGGCCCCCUUGCGGAGGCUGUGACGGAGUUUACACGAUAGCGCGGAGCGACACCCUCGAACAGCCUGAGGCAGUAAUGGGAAAGGAACAACAUUGCCAACAAAACGACCCCUGCGGAUGUUUCCUCGUCGAAGGCCACCCUGAGGAUUUCGACCUCAGCAUCCAGUCGAUUCCGACGGAUCGGACCACCCCUGCCGCUGCGAGAGGUUGCUCUGUAGGAUCGUCGCCACAGCGAACAAUGACAGCCGGCGGAGCCGCGCAUGAGGUGGAAUCGUUUAUAACUGAAAUCCAAAGCGAGGGAUGCAUCACCAGGAGUGUGGUGGGGGAACAGUCCCCUGCCGACGCGGAUGCAAGCUUCAACAGCAGCGUAGCGCUUAUUUCUUUGGUUCUUCCGAAUUCAAAAGGCGGUGAACAUCCUGUGCCGCCAGCCUCAGUGCCCAAGAAUACCAACUGGAAGUCCUCAUCAUUUUUGGUGGACUGCCCAUGGCUAACGCACCAAGCAAAGGAACCAGGCGAUACUGCCCUGUUGAAUGAUCCUCCUGCCUACAAGGAAUUGCAAGCCUCACAGGCGAAGUUGUCGCCGACGUCUUAUGUCGGCAGCUUGUCAACAUCAAAACGGCAGAGCAACCCCUCCAAUUCCGUCUUCGGCUGCACCCUCCCCAUUCACCUACACUCAAUGACAAGAAACAACAACGAAAGCUUCCCAAAGGCAAGUAUCGCGCCCAAGCCUUCCCUGAGGAAGGAAAAGCAACCGCCUCCGCCGUUUGGAAGCCACGCGUUUGCCGCGUCUGCGGCGGAUCGCUUCGGCAUUUAUGUGAGUCCGAUGGAGCCGUCUCUUGGGGUGGAUAACACUGUUGAGCGUAGGGCGGCGUCGGCGACGAGUUUGGAAGGCAGCGCAUACGCCUCGAAUAACACCUCUGUCUAUCAACAGAGGAGUAGGCUGAUCCCACGAGCCGACGGGUGUGGUUUACUCAACAAGGAGGACUCAUUUGCCUCUUUGAGAACUUCCCAAAAUAGUUAUAUCAGCGCCAACUCAUCCAUAUGCUCCCAAUCUCGUCAUUAUCGCAACGACCCUUAUCAUACGAGUUGUACCAUUUUAUAG